AUGAAGAAUUACUUUCCACCCGGGACUGCGGCCAGGGUCAAGUACAGUUAUCCCAAAGCACGACAUGCACCACUGCGGUGCGUGCACACCAAGUCAAGGCAACGGGUGGCCGAAUUUUGGAUACCAACCGUCAAUGUGCACAAGCAUGAGGAAGCUCCGGACGCGACGCAGCUCCUCAUCCGAGCGGGCUACCUGCGACAAGCCUACGCCGGCAUCUUCCAGAUGCUCCCUCUCGGCCUGCGUGUGCAAGAGAAGCUAGAGCGAUUAAUCGACAAGCACAUGCGAUCUGUCAAAGCUUCAAAAGUUUCGCUGUCUUCACUGUCGUCGAAAGCGUUAUGGCAGAAGUCUGGACGCUGGAAACCUGGAGCCGAGUUUUUCGCUUUUACGGACCGCAAAGACUCCGAAUGGCUGCUAACGCCCACACAUGAAGAAGAAAUCACCACGUUGGUAGCAGGUCUAGUGCAAACCCGCCAGCAGCUACCCAUACGCUUGUAUCAGAUCAGCCGAAAAUACCGGGACGAGAAGCGCCCUCGAGGCGGUCUCCUACGAGGACGAGAGUUUCUCAUGAAGGACCUGUACACCUUCGACGCGACUCCUACAGAAGCACAUGCGACAUACGACGAUAUCCGAGCUGCAUAUCGAAACUUCCUCGACGAGCUUACAGUUCCGUAUACAGAAGCCAGAGCCGUGUCUGGAGACAUGGGUGGAAAUCUCAGUCAUGAAUACCACUUCCCCAACGCUGCUGGUGAGGAUAUCGUGAUCACUUGUACCGACUGCACCUACGCGCGAAACGAAGAGUUCUCCCAGCAACCAACAUGUUCACCGGAAUUAAUCAAAGAUACUCCACCUGCGUUGAAAGCUGCGAAAACCCAACCACUUCUCCAAGAAGACUACGUCAGCCUCGACGGACGAAAUCUCAUCCGCGCGACAGGCCCCCAACGGACAACCACGUCCUCUACUACGGGCAUGGAUCAUGAUCAGUCCUUGAAUUCUUAUGCCAUCAAGGCCGCAUUGACCGGAAUCGUCGAGAUUGACUCCGGACUAGAAAACCCAUACGUCUUAUUCGAGAAGAACCUGUCGUCAUCCAGUUCUGAAGAGGCGGCUUCAAAACCGUCGAUAUACUACCUUUUGGAUUCCCGCGUCGAGCCUGAAUCCAUUCACGACCUGAUAGCGUCGGACAUGGAUCGGUUCGGCGGCGAGGCCGUGGAUUUCUACCUUGUCAACGCUCAACACGGUACCACACAGGGCAUUAAUCUGCUCAAACACCAAACAGGAGACCCGUGCCCAGAAUGUGGCAGAGGUACUCUGCAACUCAACAAAGCCAUCGAAGUCGGGCAUACAUUCCACCUCGGCACGCGCUACAGUUCGAAAUUGGGCCUUACCAGCCGCCUCGACAACGCUCAGGAUCCCGUCCCGGUCGAGAUGGGCUGCCACGGCAUUGGCGUCUCGCGUCUCAUCGCAGCCGUGGCGUCUUGCCUGUCGGACGAGUCCGGGCUCAAUUGGCCCCGUGUCAUCGCCCCAUUCGAAGCCGUGAUCAUUGUGCAAAAGUCUCAAGAGGCCCGCGUGCAAGCUGCGGAGCAAAUCUACGACGAGCUCGCCACCCCGAGCCCGGACCCAGAGGCCACGGCGGUGGACGUCCUUCUGGACGACCGCCAAGAACAAGGUCUAGGGUGGAAACUCAAGGAUGCCGACGCCAUAGGGUACCCUGUAAUCAUUGUGGUCGGGAAAGCUUUUGAGAAAGGCCGAGUCGAGGUCCAAUGUCGACGGCUGAAGGUCAAACAGGACGUCGACCUUAGUGGCGUGGCCAGGUUUGUGCGUGACCUACUGAAGAGGUUGUAA